AUGCAAAUCAAAAGCAAGGACUUGGUCAACUUCUACUACACUCAAGUGGCGAAAAACAGCUACAAGUGCAAGGUGUGCGGCCUGGUUCGUAAGAAGGAGCCAUGUGCGGGCUACACCAACUUGCUCAGUCACCUCGAAAGCAAGCACAAGGACUUCCGUACCGACUACGUCGAUGACCAAAGUUCACAGCCUGGUACAUUAGCUGGGUAUGGGUUCAUCGACGCCAAAACGAAGAAUGUUUACGAGUGG